AUGGCGAGCGCGGCGGUCCCCGCGCAGCCCCGCGAAUCGGAGGCCCCGCAGGAGCGAGGCGCGGCGGCGCCCGGGGAGCCGGAGCCGAUGGAGGUGUCAGGCGGGGCCGGGGCGGCGGCGGUGCUGGGAGAGACGGGGCUGGCCGUGGGCUGCUGCAUCGCGGCGGCGCUGAGCUGGGAGCGGCCUCUCCGCAGCCUGGGCGGCUUCGUCUGCGCCAACCUGCUCUUCUGGUUUGUUGCAUUGACCCCUUGGAGAGUGUAUCAUCUGACUUCCCUUAUAAUACUUGGAGUGUUAAUUUUUCAGAUAAUGAAGGAUUUGGUAUUCUCAAAGCUGCAAGGUGCGCAGCUUUGGAGGGCCAUCACUGGCAAGAUUAUCAUCACUGUGUUUUCUGAGAAUGAGUGCUUUCUUUGAAAAGUGGAAUAAUACUAUGUUGGUCAAGG